AUGGUACCUUCUCCGGAUGUAAAACAACGUGGAAACGUUAGUUCAACAACAACUUCGGUUUCAUCGACAACAACUUCAACAACCCCUGAAAAAUAUACACCCAUUAUUACAGAUAUAGAAACCUAUAAAUCUCAGAAUGAUGCGGCCAACAAGGAGAAAUUCAAGAAUAUCGAUUGGAAAAGCAAGAUAGUAAAGAGAGUUCCGAAUGAAUUUGGCGGUCCCCUUGGUUGUUUGCUCAUUAUGACAUUCUCACAUUUCAUUGUUUUCUACUUUUUCGCCUGUCUCAAUGUGAAUGGUGGAGCUUUGAUUCUGCCAGAGAGUUGGUCGCUCACCGGUCUCCAGGAGUGGGGAUACAAGCUGUUUUCGAUUCUCUAUGAAAAGGCGUUCCCAACUGCCUACGCCAUCCAAGUCUACUGGAUUUUCCAGAUUGCAAAUGCCAUCUUCUACGUGACGCUCCCGGGCAUCGGAAUCGACGGUCUACCACUGCCAACCCUGAAUGGCAAGCAUCUUUCCUACCACUGCAAUGCGCUCUGCACCUGGUACGUAACCAUCCCGCUGAUGUUUGUUUUGCACAUCACCGGAGUCUUCCCGCUGACCGACAUCUACGACAAUCUAGGACCAAUUACUACUGUCGCCGUUCUCUCGUCGGAUCUCAUUGCCAUUGCCGUCUACUUGUAUGCCAUCGUGUCAGGUGAAGCCGAGCAAGACAACUCUGGCAAUGUUAUCUACGAUUUCUUCAUGGGAGCAUGGUUGAAUCCACGCAUCGGAAAGUUGGACAUCAAGAUGUUUGCAGAGGUGCGUGUCUCGUGGAUCAUGCUUUUCUUGAUCACUCUUUCCUGCGCCGUCAAACAGUAUGAGCAACUCGGAUACGUCACAUUCUCAAUGGGAUUCAUCCUGUUGGCUCACGGAAUCUACUGCAACGCCAUCAUGAAGGGUGAGCAGUGUAUUCCACCGACCUGGGACAUCUACCACGAGAAAUGGGGAUGGAUGCUCUGCUGGUGGAAUCUGGCAGGUGUUCCACUUGUCUACUGCACCCAGCCAGUCUACAUCCUUACUCACCCACCCGAGAUGUUGCAAGGAUCGCCCCUCGUCAACGGAUUCAUGUUGGUACUGCUCCUCGUUGGCUACUACAUUUUCGAUACCGUAAACUCACAGAAGAACACUUUCCGUAUGCGUUUGGCCGGCAUUUGGAAGCCACGUCCCUGGGCAUUCCCACAGUUGCCAUGGGCAGUCCUCAGCAAUCCAAAGUUCAUGAUUACCAAAGCCGGUUCGCCACUCCUCAUCGACGGAUGGUACAGUCUCGCCAGAAAGCUCCAUUACACAGCCGACAUGAUGAUGGCACUCACCUGGACAAUGUCAUGCGGUUACCACCACUUUAUCCCACAUUUCUACGCAUUCUUUUUCUCUGGUAUGCUCUAUCACCGUUGUCUUCGUGACGAACAUAAAUGUGCAGAAAAAUACAAACAAGAUUGGGUCGAGUAUUGCAAACGUGUUCAAUAUCGUUUCAUCCCAUAUAUUUAUUAA